AUGGCUGCACGAUACGCCUUCGGCAGCACUCUGCGCGAGGUGCGCUUCCAUCUCUGCUCCUCUUCACAAGCUAGCGAUGCGGCGAGAACAUUCAUCAAGCGCGCAUACCCUACGAUGAAGAAGCACAACCCAGAGACACCCAUCCUCAUACGAGAAGCUACGGGUGUGGCACCGAAAGUUUGGGCAAGAUAUGCGAAAGGAGUUGAGCGGUCAGAGGAGCUGUCAGGUCUGAGUGACAAGGAAAUCGAGGACAAAGUUUCAACAUUAGUCAAAGCGGAGUCAUAG